CCACUUGGUUAUGGCGUUCCAUGUAUGCUUUCCCUGCCAGCAUCUUACACCCUGCAGUUAUGUGCUGGACCGUCUCAGGGGCCUCUUUGCACAGUCUACACCUUGGGUCUUGUCUGGUGUGGUAGAUCUGGGCCUCUAUGGCUCUGGUGCUCAGGGCCUGCUCCUGUGCAGCCAGGAUGAGUGCCUCUGUGCUGUCCUUCAGCCCAGCCCUUUCAAGCCAUUGGUACAUCCCAUGUAAGGGCUUGUCUUUCCAUGAUGGUCCCUCUUCCAGCAUCUCAUCCUCUGUUCUCCACUGCCUGAGACAUUCACUCAGCAUGUCAUCUGUCGGGGCCUUCUCCUUGAUGUACUUAUGGAUCUUGGAUGUUUCAUCCUGGAUAGUGGCUCUCACGCUCACUAGUCCUCGGCCUCCUUCCUUGCGGCUAGCAUACAGUCUCAGGGUGCUGGAUUUGGGGUGGAACCCUCUGUUAUGGGAAAAAUUGUCUCUUCCUUAUUUCUAUGUCUCUUCCUUAUUUCUAUGCAGUUAUUAUAUGAUUUAUGACUUAUGUUCUGCAAUUAAUAUCUUAUGUUUUGUCUUACUGUAUGCAUUUGACAUUUCACCUACAUUGUUCAAUGGUUGUCUCUGCCUGAUAGACUCUCAACUCUAGCUCCCAAACCCAAGGUCAGGGAGUUGUGUCUCUGUCUGUUGAGACUUGGUGCUCCUUUCUCACAGAUAGUUGGACGUCAGCAAUGCAGGUGUGAGAAUGUAAAUAUCUUCACACACACUGCGACAGGGAGGAGAUGGUGCAUGUAAUUUGAUUGGGUUAGAAAGACAUUCCACCCUAGUCGGACAGAGAAAGGGGUUACAAGGCAGAAGCAACUUGAGGAUCGUGGGCUCUUUGCAUCAAACCUUCGUGGUGUGUGCACUGAUCUCCCCAGCUGGUUUUUGGUUUGUUGAUGUGCACGAUCAACAUCCAUGCUUUUUAUUUGCUUUCCCCAUUAUUUGCUUUCCCCAUUAUUUUUAUUUUCUUUAUUAUUUCAAUAAAUCGCACAAAAGGACAACUCUCUCAUCUGCCUUUAUUGCAAAAUUUCCACCACAGAAAUUGGCGUCACGAACAGGAUCCCGCGGCAGGUCGUCUGGACGGUGUGACCAGGGACGAUAGUCCUGAGGACUAGGGUCGCUCAGCCUCCAAACCUCUACAGCUGUUCUGAGUGGGAGGACUGCUCACCCGUCUGGAUCGCCUCUGACGAGAUCCAACGAACUCAAAAUCCAACCUCUGCUCGGCCCGGUGAGAGAGACUCUGUUUUGUUGCGACUUGUUAAGGAAAAAAAAAAAAAAAAAGAAAACGGGUUUGAAAUUGGUUUCAGGUAUUCGGGUUUACUUGGCUCUGAUCAUUUGGUUUAGGGAAAGUAAGGCAAAUAACAAUUAAUUCUAAAACAUCCGCAACUAGACUAAAACAAACAACGACAAAAAGAAAAUAUAACUAGGAAAAGAGAUAAUAAUAUUUCUAAAACGGCUGAAAACAUCUAAAAUAUAAUAAUUAGGACCAAACAAUUUUUUUUUAAUUAAAAAAUUUAAUAUUCGGGUAAAAUUAAUUAGGUCAAAGUCUGCCCUGGUGGUCGAGACGGUGGUUGCUAAGGGUUGGCUCGUGGGACCGAGCUUGUUUUGUCUGUACUGAGGAUACAGACCAGUGUGCAGAUCUGAGCGCAGUCCAAAGGGUGUGGACAAGGAAAUAAAAGACGGCUUCUGAAAUACGGAGCGCGUUUGCAGGGGGAAGUGGUUUUGAGAUACGAGGGACCCGGAUCUUAGAGGGGCCUGACGGUGAAGGACCACUUUCGAGAACCCUGUCGCUGAUCUGAGCGGUUCCCUUUCUACGGAGACGUCCGUGGAAGAGAAAUUUCGAAAAAAGGUUCCGGCCGGAACACACAAAAAAGUCUGAGGCAGAAAACCGCCGGGACUCUGAAAGAUGGGUUCGGGGCGAUCUAAGUCUCCACCACCAGACUGCAGCAUUACAAAAUUAAUGAGACGUAAAUAUGGUGAUGAGUGCGUGUCAUGUCUUCACGACUGGACAAAACUUUAUGGGUUUCAAGAAGGUGGAUCACUCAGUGUGAAGGACAUACGCGCUUUAAAAGAAAAAUUAGAAGAAAAGGAGAAACAGCUCCGCAAAAGUAGAAUGAUCAAAGUUAAAACCUUAGAGGAAAUUGAAUUAAACAACAGAUGCCUUGAGAUUUGGGUUAAAGAAUCAGAACGCAGGGAAAGAUUGAAAUGCCAAAAAGAACUAGGAGGGAGAAAGGACGAGAGUGGUGACGUAGCUGGCAGAAAAGAUAACAACUCUGUGGAAGCUUGCACACCGCCACUAUACACACAUACACCACACACACACAUAUCAUGUCAAGAGCAAAUGCUCCCAUUGUUUCUGCUCUAUAUUCUAAUGCAGAACUGAGCGCGAUGAGGGUAAAUCCGGAUCUGGACUCCUUUCCCACCAUCAGCAGAAGAACCGAAGGAGAAGAAGCGCCUGUCCAACAACCAGAACAGGGUGGAGGCUCUGACACCACAGCAGCUGGAGGACACACACCACAGCAUGGACGCCUCAGCGACUCUCACAACGUCUGCAGCCAUCACGUUCUGGGCUCAUCAGAUGAACCAGCUACUACAAGCGUGUGUGUCUGACACAGACACCUGCUUAUGACAAUCAGCAAAGGAAAACAAGGGCAGAGCAACAGCAGAGAAGACGUGCUCUGACACAGACACUGGUUGAAACAACAGGAGAGGCUUCAGACGUGAUCGGCCCAAUAGAGCUGCAUGCAAGGAUCCAGGAAAGGUCUGUCAUCGAGGAACAACUGUCCCAUCUACGCCAGGCUUCACCCACUGGCGCUCACAUCAGACUGAUGGUUGGGGAAGGAGGAAGGUGGCGGUUCCUUUUCACGUGACGUACAAGACGGUACCGCAAACACACACACACAUUCAUACACGCAAUGAAGAAACACGCUUACAGCUGAUACACGCUCAAUUGAUUCAAAUUCAUGCUUGCCUGCUUGCAAUGAAGAAUCGCUUUCUGCUCAAAAUAUCCCACAGUGAUUUUGAAAAGAAUAACAAACAGCUAAAUGACAACUGCUGCAUGACUUUACAGUCAAAUGGUUUCGAACAAUUUCCUGAGUUUGCUCUGACGGUUCAAGGUGAACGUAUGGUGUUUUUAGUAGACUCGGGAGCAACAAAUUCGGUAAUAAAAUCUUCCAUGUUUUCCAAUCCACCUAAAAUGAGUGGACGAUUUGUGCACACUAUAGGUUCGUCUGGCCAGACAAUAAAAGAAAAACUUACUGUUCCUCUGUCUUGCACAACAUCAGACGGCAAGACACUCAAACAUUCAUUUUUGCUUUCAAACUUAUGCCCAGUUAAUCUAUUAGGAAGAGAUCUCGUGUAGUUUAGGUAUUUCACUGAUUUCCACUCCGGAGGGAGUGCAGGUCACAACCACGGACAAUGUAAAUAACUUUUCUUUUGUUUGUGUUAAUUUCAGCUCAGAGCCGCUGCUCUACUCUUAUCAGUGGCUCCUGAAGGGAGAGGCUGUAACUGAGGCCCUCAUACAGGCUGCUCGACAGCUUGUUUCCUCACAGAAUACGACCUUUAGAGACGCAUCUGACCUGUCUUGUACAGCACAUGUGUCCACUGGUCCUGAUGAGGAGUUUGAAAAAUCAUGGUUACGCACACAUGCGGACAAACUAACCUCAACCUCUCUAUUUUGGGUUGAACAUAGGUCUGCGCUUGCGAUUUCUCUCACUAACGAACAAGAGAGAUUUUUUGAUGCUUAUUCUACAGAUCCACAUGUCCUUCUGUCAAAACAUGACGGAGACAGAUGGCAGGACUUGGGUCCUUUCGUGGACAGGUGUCAACGGGAAGGAGACUGGCAAACGACCGACCCGAAUGUGAUGCAUUCACCUACCUUGCAUGCUUACAAAAAACAUUUUUUUAGUCUAACUUUCAUGCGCAGCGUACAGUGCACUUGGUACCUCAACAUUCCACACACACUCCACACCACAUGUUUUUGUCGGAGGAUGCUCUGACGCAGUAUCCAGCCUUACAGGAAGUUCCAGCUUCCCUGUGGGCCACACACAAAUAUGAUGUAGGUCUGAUCAAAGGGUGUGACCCAGUGGUCAUCACGCCAAAAUCUGACUACAGACCAUGCAAACAGCAAUACCCUUUAAAGAGAGAAGCAAUUGAAGGAAUAACACCGGUGUUUAACUCUCUUUUGAAAGCAGGAGUCAUCGUCCCAUGUGACAACUCUCCAGUGAGGACUCCACUCUUCCCAGUUAAGAAAAUCAGAGACAAAGGACAGCCAACGGAAUGGAGGUUUGUCCAGGAUCUGCAAGCAGUAAACGCGGCGGUCCAACCACGCGCGCCUACGGUACCGAACCCCUACACCAUUCUUUCUCAGGCACCGCCCUGCUGCAGUACGUUGACGACUUGAUGAUCUGCAGUGAGGAUCAGGAAACUUGCGCAGCAGAUACGAUCAAGCUGCUGAAACACCUGCAUGCUGCAGGCCACAAAGCAAGUCUGUCUAAAUUACAGUUUGUUCAGACUGAAGUUACCUUCCUAGGUCACAUCAUCACCGCUGAAGGAAAAUCCAUUUCACCUAAAAGAGCUGAAGCUAUUCAGAACCUGCCUAAACCGUGCACAUACAAACAGCUUAUGUCCUUUUUAGGCAUGUGCUCUUAUUGCAGGAAUUUCAUUCCUAACUGCACCAUCUUGGAGGCUCCGCUUAGAGCUCUGAUGCAGACGUCUUCUGCAUCCACCACCCGCCUCAUGUGGACAUCUGAGGCUGAACAGGCGUUCACCGACCUCAAACUUGCUCUUCAGUCGGCUCCUACUUUGGGUCUGCCUGACCCUACGCGACCUUUCACCCAAACAGUGGAUGAGAAAUCAGGUUGUAUGACCUCUGUCCUUCUACAGGAUCACGGAGGGCGUCCGCGCCCUGUAGCCUAUUUCUCUGCUAAGCUUGACCCAGUCGCUGCGGGGCUCCCACGAUGCCUCCGAGCAGUGGCUGCGGCAGAGAAAGCCGUGCUGGCAUCACGUGACAUUGUUGGCUAUUCUGAUGUCACCCUGCUGGUUCCUCAUGCCGUGUCUUUGAUCCUUUUGGAACAAAAAACAUCACAUCUUUCUACAGCCCGAUGGCUUAGAUACAACACCAUCUUACUGGAAAUGCCAAACAUCACUGUCAAAAAGUGCAAUGUGCUUAACCCAGCCACUUUGUUUCCAGGCCCUGACGAUGGCGAGCCUCACAACUGUGUUUCGGUCUUGAACCAGGUCUGCACUCCGCGCCCAGAUCUGUCGGAGGGGCCAAUUCCUAACUGUGACCUCGUACUCUUUGUUGAUGGCUCCGCCUCUAGAGACCCUGCUUCGGGCCACUGUCAGGUUGGAUAUGCAGUCUGCACCUCUCAUACUGUUUUACAGUCUGGCCCUUUGCCAGGACAUUACUCUGCUCAGGCUGCAGAGUUGAUCGCACUGACCGAAGCCUGUAAAUUGGCUGAAGGGAAGUCUGUUACUAUCUACACAGACUCCAGAUACGCUAUUGACGUCACACAUGACUUUGGUGCUCUGUGGAAACACAAAAAGUUUUUGAAAUCUGAUGGCAAACCUAUCUUGCAUCAUGAUAAGGUUGCUGAUCUGCUUGAUGCAAUUCUGUUACCAGCUGCAAUUGCUGUAUGUAAGUCCCCCGCACACACUGGGGGCGCUGAUCCCAUCUCUGCUGGAAACGCAUGUGCUGAUGCUGCUGAAAAGACAGCUGCCCGACUUCCCCUUCCCUUUGUUCCCUGCCUCUUAUCCUCCACCUCUACCCAACCUCCCUCUCCUCCCUCUGCUCUCCCAGAUCUUCAGACAUUCUCUACCCCACAGGAACGCAAGCUUUGGCUGACGAAUGGCGCCACCAGUAGCCACGGCGUUUGGUAUGGGCCCGACGGCAAACCUUGCCUGCCUAAACACUUUUUCCCUCAUUUCGCGAAGUUGACACAUGGAUUAGACCAUGUAUCAAAGGGGGGAAUGUUAGAUGCUCUCACAAAACAUUGGUACACUAAGGGAUUUUCAAUCUAUGCACAAAAAUACUGUGAAGCAUGUAUGACAUGCGCCCAACACAACCCACGUAAGACGACUGCCAAACCACUGGCAGCUCACCCACCACCGGAAAUGGCGUUUGACCAUUUAAUUCUGGACUUCAUCGAACUAACGCCAGCAGAAGGUAAAAAGUAUUGUUUAGUGAUUGUUGAUAUGUGGUCAAAAUGGGUGGAGGCCUUCCCAGCUAAACAUGCUAACAGCCAUGCAGUUACCAAAGCCUUGCUGACAGAAAUAAUUCCCAGAUGGGGGAUUCCAUCUAAAAUCAGCAGUGACAACGGCUCACACUUUGCAAACCAAGCCCUCGAGGAAGUGGGAAAGUUUCUGAACAUCGACAUCAGAAAACACUGCUCUUACCACCCUCAAAGCGGAGGGGCGGUAGAGAGAGAGAAUGGCACUUUGAAAAACAAACUGGCUAAAUGCUGCUCAGAGACUGGUCUCAAGUGGACUCAGGCUCUUCCCAUUGUGCUCUCAUACAUGAGAAUGAGGAGAAGGAUGAGAACAAACCUCAGCCCGUAUAAGAUUCUAUUUGGUAGACCUCCUAUGAUGGGACUCCACCCUGAGACUGAGACUAGGAUUUUACCACCUACUGAAAUGUGCGAAGACGCAAUGCUACAGUACUGUAAGAACUUAUCCUCUGUUCUGUCCCAAAUCUCCAAACAGGUGAAAGCGGCUCUGCCCAAACAGGCGACAGAACCAUUGCACAUCAUUCAACCAGGAGACUGGGUGAUCAUUAAGGAGCUUCGCAGGAAGCACUGGAACUCAAAGCGGUGGCAAGGUCCCUUCCAAGUCCUUCUGACGACCAACACGGCUGUGAAGAUCGCAGAAAGAGCGACUUGGAUCCACUCCAGCAACUGCAGGAAGGUCCCGGAUCCGACAGACGACCCUCCAUCUACAUCUACACCACACGAGAAAACCACCACUAACGAAAAGAAUUGAGAAGGACGACCCUCGCUGUGCUUACACACGCACUGAGGCGAGGCUGCGUUGACCAUACAGCUGAAGGUGCGAGCCAAGCGCCGCCUGAAGCUGCGCCGGUGAAUCACACUAUCUGACCAUACAUCUACACACACGUUCCUGAGAAAACACACACACGAGCAGCCUUGAGUUGCCGACGCUGGACGACGUGUAGACUCUUCACAUCACGGGGAGUGACAGUGACUCAGACGACAUUGGGAGGAAACCUGGCGGUGAUAACGAACCCCAAGUGUCUGUGAUCAGCUGAUCACAACCUGAAGAACCCCAAAGAACUGUCAAGGUGUCGACAAACAGGUUGGAAACAAUCUAACGCUACUAUUCAACAGGAAGAAGAAGACACUGAUUGUGACCCUGUUGCUUUGAUCCUUAUUGUAUGUUACUUUAAUAUUUGCUCUAAAUUGUGUGGUUGAUUUACAUGUAUGCCUCUCUGUGAUUUUAUCCACUAUUUUUGAACGAAAACAUUUUACGAUAAGCAUAUCUAGAGUUGUUUUCUACUUGAUUCACACUUUCACACAAAUUUUUAUCUUCCACUGACGCAAAAUGACAUCCACCAGACGAAACAAGAUAAAAAUGAUUGUCAUAUCGACGAUGACAGCAAUAUGCGUGGUCACUCUGACAUUCGCAUCAACCGAAGACACUCUUAUCCACAGCACACCGGAGUCACCCACAAAUCGAUCAUGCUUAGUUUGUGCCAUUAGAGACCUGAUGACCACGGAAAAAUUGCCCCACAUAGCGAAGACAACAUGGCAGAAUAGAAUGGCCUUAGAGAUGUUAUUAACAAAGAUGGGAAGUGUUUGUGUCAGGUUUGGUAAAACAUGCUGUACCUUUAUUCAGGAUGAUUGAACAUGAACGGAUUGGAAUCAAUUAUAGGCUUAUGUCCCCGUCUUUCCAAAGCUCAUACACAAGGGUUAUUCUAGUAUAACUACCCACAAAAACAGCUCACAAUCUUUUAUUCCUACGCCAUUCACACCUUUAUAAGCAAUACAUUUAACGAAUCAUUUUUAAAGAAUGCUUUAUUACUACAGAAUGAAUACCACGAUUGACAAUUUUUAUUCUUUUAAUGUUUGAUUAAUGUGUAAUCAAAAGGGGGGAAUUGUAAUGGAAAAAUUGUACUUUAAUGCUCUUGUGUUCAUUUCUGACUCUGUACAAUAACCAUGCAUUCUCUACAUGUUGAUUAGACCCAGAACUGAACAUUAUUAGACAAACAAUCUAUCUUCCUCUCAAGGUUCUGUCGCACAUUAAGUGCUGACAUCUAAUGUUGUGUUUGACUGACCGAUUGUUUAUGGCUUGUGUCUGCCUUUUACCCCUGGUCUCUGGCUCCUUUCUAUCUGAUGCCCCACCAGACCCAAGGCUGUAGACCUUGUGUAUUCCCUGUGUAAUGUAAACAUCUUCACCCACAGUGUGAUAGGAAGAUUCCACCAGGUCCUGGGAGAGAGGUUAAAAGGCAGAGACAACCUCAGAACGGGGUGAUCUUUGCAUUAUACCUCCGUGGUGUAUGUUCUGAUCUCCCCAGCUGGCUUUUUAUUUGCUUUCCUCAUUAUUUUUAUUUUCUUUAUUAUUUCAAUAAAUCGCACAAAAGGACAA